AUGGAGAUCGAGAAUGAGGGACGCGAAAGGCCCAAGAAAGGCGACAAACCCGCACCCGCCGAUAGGUGGAAGAGCGGGCCCCACAAACAGGCACACUUACCCGCACCUGCUGAAAAGCAGAAGAGCGGGCCACAGCGACAACAGCAGCACAGACCCGCGCCCGCUGAAAAGCGGAAAAGCGUGGAACCAACAGGCUCCAACAAAAGAGGUAGCAACCAGGUCACUCCGCCAGAGACACCGGGCACCAAACGGCAGCGGGAGCAGCCACCCCCUCCGAACUCAUGGUCUAGGAGCCUGGGCGGGCCGAUCGAGCAGGGACAGGCGCAGGGGGGUUCCACUCAGCAACCCAGCUAUUCGGAAGCCCUCAAAGGCAUUCGGGUAGCUGUGCUGCCCU